CAGAACAUGGACACACGAUGAAGAUCAAAGCGCUCACACGCUCCUCGAGCUCGCACCAGGCGCCUGGUAGCGAUGUCGCUCGCCAGCCUCGAAACCUCGAUCCCGCACUACAUCCCUUCGAACGGGCAAGAGAAUACACCAGAGCAUUGAAUGCGACCAAAAUGGAGCGCAUGUUCGCUGCGCCUUUCGUUGCGCAACUAGGCAGAGGCCACGUCGAUGGAGUCUACACCCUCGCAAAGGAUCCGCAUUCUCUGGACCGAAUUGCGAGUGGAAGUGGCGAUGGAGUUCUGAAAGUCUGGGAUUUGCCCAGUCGGGAUGAAGUAUGGCAGACGCAAGCACAUGAGAAUCUGGUGAAGGGAAUGUGUUGGACACAAGACCGGAAGUUGUUGAGCUGUGGCACGGAUCGUACAGUAAAGCUCUACGACCCGUACAACUCUCCUUCCAACAGCAAGCCUGCGGCGACAUGGCUUGGUUCAAAUGCCUUCACAGCACUGAGCAUACAUCGCCACGAGCCCGCAUUUGCUGCCGCAUCUUCCUCCGCUAUCCAGCUCUACGACCUCUCUCGGCCUUCAACGACACCCACACAAACCCUGGCCUGGCCAACCAGCAUCGACACCAUUACUGCUCUAGCCUUCAACCAGUCUGAAACCUCGCUCCUAGCAUCGUGUGCCACAGAUCGUUCUCUGGUACUCUACGACCUCCGCACAUCUUCGCCUCUCCACAGAAGUAUUCUCUCCAUGUCUAGCAACAGCAUCGCAUGGAAUCCGAUUGAGCCUUUCAACCUUGCAGUCGCCAACGAAGACCACAACAUUUACAUGUUCGACAGCCGGAACCUCAGCCGAGCCUUGAACGUUCUCAAGGAUCAUGUCUCGGCCGUGAUGUGCGUCAGCUUCAGCCCAACCGGUCAGGAGCUUGUGUCUGCCUCGUACGACCGCAGCAUUCGACUCUGGACGCCAACAAAAUCUGGACACAGCAGAGACAUCUACCACACCAAGCGGAUGCAGCGUGUAUUCUCUUGCACUUUCACCGGCGACUCGAGCUAUCUCUUGUCCGGCUCAGACGAUGGUAAUAUUCGGUUAUGGCGGGCAAACGCGAGUGAUCGAAGCGGCAUUAAGUCUGCACGAGAGAGGCAGAAAAUUGAGUACGAUGAGGCGUUGAAGGAGCGAUGGAAGCACAUGCCCGAGAUUCGCAGGAUUGGUCGCCACAGACAUGUGCCCAAGGUCGUGAAGAAGGCAGGGGAGAUCAAGGGUGAGGAGUUGCGCGCGAUCAAGAGAAGAGAAGAAAACGAGCGGAAGCAUUCUAAGAAGGGUUUGCAGAAGCGCAGAAGCGAGCGGGAGAAGAUGAUUUUAGCGACCGAGCAGUAA